UGCACCACCACUCCAUGCCUGCACCUGCACACACAAGCCAAGCCAGGAGCAACGCAAUGGCUGCAGCGACCUUCCUCUUCCUCAUCAUCCUACUAGCUGCAUCCACCACGUCCUUCGUGGAUGGCGCGGGCGAAAGAUCCAACGGGAGCUGCAUCCUGGCCGAGAGGGCCGCACUGCUCUCCUUCAAAGCCGGCAUCACAGGCGACCCCGAGAAUCGCCUCGUCUCAUGGCAGCAACGACACCACGACUGCUGCCGGUGGAGCGGCGUCACCUGCAGCCGCCGGACAGGCCACGUCGUCAAGCUCGACCUCCGCAGCGGUUACCAUUUUCCAAUUUCAGAAUAUUAUCUCUCUCGUCUGGUUGACCCUCAAGACUACUCCUUGCGCGGAAAGGUUUCUUCUUCUCUGCUUGCUCUUGGGCAUCUCAAGCAUCUCGACCUGAGCUGGAAUACUCUUCUUGGAGAUGCAAAGGCUAUGCCGGGAUUUCUGGGCUCUCUUCAGAGUUUAACUUAUCUCAACCUCUCCAACAUGGGUUUUCAGGGCAGAGUGCCUCCUCAGCUAGGCAACCUCUCCAAUCUGGUACGACUUGACAUAAAUGGCCAUUACACCACUGAUCUAUACUCAAACGAUCUAUCUUGGUUGGCCCGUCUCCGCUCGCUAGAGCAUCUUGACAUGAGCUACAUCGACCUCAGCGGAGUUGUUGACUGGCUCCAUAUUGUCAACGCCCUUCCCAAUUUGGUUGUACUGAGUUUGCCUUCAUGUGGCCUUAAUAAGGGUAAUACUCCAUCAUCACUUGUACACCACAACCUUACACUUCUUGAGGAGCUUCACCUCUCUUUUAACAAUUUCAGCGGUCCAGCUGCAUCCAACUGGUUCUGGGAUGUAACUAGCCUCAGGAGUCUAAGCUUAUGGUGCUGUCAGUUAUCAGGCACGUUUCCAGACGAGUUGGGAAACUUGACCUUGUUAGAGGCCUUUGACAUUGGAGCAAAUAACAUCAAGGGGAUGAUACCAGCAACACUGCAAAAUAUGUGUAAUCUGAGGUCUCUAAGUCUUACCUAUAACAACAUUGGCAUGGACAUAGCAGAGGUGAUAGACAGGAUACCCAACUGUUCUUGGAAUAAUUUUCAAGUGUUGUUUUUGAGCGAGGCCAACCUCACUGGCACGGCAUUACAAUUUUUGUCAACCCUUAGUAGCUUAAACAUGCUUGAUGCCAGUCUCAACCAAUUGAGCGGUUCAGUGCCUGUGGAGAUUGGCGCCCAUACAAGUUUGACUUACUUAGACCUUGGGAACAACAAGUUGAGCGGUUCAGUGCCUGUAGAGAUUGGCAUGCUUACAAAUCUGGCUCACUUAGACCUUGGAAACAACAGCUUGACUGGAGUGAUUUCAGAAGAUCAUUUUGCUGGUUUGAUGAAUUUGAAGUCUCUUCACUUAUCCUUUAAUAAUCUGGAAGUUAUUAUUGACUCGCAUUGGGUACCUCCAUUCAACUUGGAUUUAGCAUCGUUAUCAUCUUGUCAUUUGGGCCCCCAGUUUCCUAAUUGGCUUCGAGGGCAGAGGAGCAUCAAUUUCCUUCAUCUUUCAAACACGGGCCUAGUUGGUAGGAUCCCAGAUUGGUUUUGGACUACCUUUUCUGAAGCUGCAUCUUUGGACAUCUCCUUGAACCAACUAAGUGGCGAGCUGCCACUCAGUCUGGAGUUCAUGUCAGUGAUCUUUCUGUCGAUGCAGUCAAAUCUUCUGACUGGUUUGAUACCCAAGUUACCAAGAACAAUUGAGUUAUUGGACAUAUCGAGAAACUCUUUAAAUGGGUUUGUGUCCAAUUUCCGAGCUCCACAACUGCAGGUUGCAAUUUUGUUUUCUAAUUCUAUAUCCGGGACUAUUCCCAUGUCAAUUUGUCAAAUGCGAGAAUUGCAGGUCUUAGACCUUUCAAACAAUUUGCUUUCAAAGGAACUUCCUGCUUGUGGCCGAACAGAGCUGAAACGGUGGAACCCAUCUAACAAGAACUCUUCAAGUUUCAAUUCAAUGAGUUCUUUCAGUUUGGAAAUCACGACUCUUCUCCUAAGCAACAACAGUUUUUCAAAUGGAUUUCCUUUGUUCCUAAGACAAUGUCCAAGACUUCUUUUUCUCGACCUGACUGAAAACAAAUUCACUGGAGAAUUACCUGGAUGGAUUAGUGAAGCCAUGCCUGGUUUGGUUAUGCUACGGUUAAGAUCAAACAACUUUUCUGGUCACGUUCUAGUUGAAAUAAUGGCACUUCAUGAUGUUCGUAUUCUGGAUCUAUCCAAUAAUAACUUUUCUGGGGACAUACCAAAGUGUGUAGGGAACUUGAAAACUUUCACGGACACAGCUAUUGCCAGUGAUGCAUCAUUUGAUAAUCCUUUCUUUGAAGGAUACAGUGGUGCUACACACAGUUCCAUGGGUAUGUCUAAUGGUAGCUUCACAGUGGUGAUAAAAGGGCAAGUGCUCGAGUAUGGGGAGAAUAUUGUAUAUUUGAUGAGCAUUGAUUUAUCUUGCAACAGUUUAACUGGAGAAAUCCCGAAGGAGCUAAGCUCCCUUGCCGGGCUAAUAAAUUUGAAUUUAUCAUCAAACUUGUUGAGUGGAAAUAUCCCAUAUAAUAUUGGCAACCUUGGAUCGCUGGAGUCUCUUGACCUCUCAAAGAACAAACUUGGUGGUGAAAUUCCUCAAGGCUUAUCAGAUUUGACAUACCUGAGCUAUCUAAACUUGUCAUACAACAAUCUAUCGGGAAAAAUACCCUCGGGGCAUCAACUUGACAUCCUCAAGACAGAUGAUCCAGCCUCCAUGUACAUUGGUAAUCCCCUUCUCUGUGGACAUCCAGUUCGAAAUAAAUGUACUUUUCCUCCUAGACAUCGGCCAACUAGGGAAGAUUCAGCAAGGUGGCAUGAAGAUGGCUUGUCUGAAAUGGAUUUUCUUCUUGGAUUAAUCAUUGGUUUUGUGGCUGGCGCUUGGAUGGUAUUUUGCGGGCUUCUCUUCAAGAAGAGAUGGAGGUAUGCUUACUUCAGGCUUCUGGACAAGUUGUAUGACAGAUUGCAUGUCAUCUCUGUUGUUACUUGGCGGAAAUGGUUUGGGAACACCGGCACAAAGUAAGCAAGAAGCACCAACGAUAUUGCUACUCGAAUAAAGGAGGUGAUGAACUUAUUGUAUAUUCAGUGGCGGAGCUUCAUGGAGGCCACAAGGGGGCCAUUGCCCCUCCCUACUCUAGGAAAACUAUCCUAAUUAUUAGGUUUGAAUACCCAUUAUUUUUUAGAGUUCAUGCAUAACUUAUCUUCUUCGUCUGCAUGGUGUAUUCCAUGAUUUCAUCCCAUUAGGAGAUUGUCUUUUGAGUUGCUUCGACGUGCAUGCGUUACUGUCAAAGGUUAUUCACUAGCUGUUGCUGCCUAGAGCACCGGAUGAACAAUUAUAUUUAUUCGAUUUGAUUACCAUCCAAAAAAAUACUAAAUCCUAAAAAGUGCAGGUGCACUUUUUUGCGGUCUCGAGCGCACACCCUUGGUGAUCGUCGGAUCUGGAUCCUGAUCACCAGGCGUUCCACGGUCGGAUCGGACCCGCACGGCUCCAACCAAAACCCACACGUCGCCUCCACUACACAACUCUUAUCCCACGCCACUCUUAUUCCGUUGGCAGUACCCCUCGUAUGAGCUACCUGAGCACCCAAGCCACUGCACCACGGGCCCAAAUGCCAAUCGUGACCACCAAAACAGCAGGGUAGAGCAUGGUCGAGUAGACCAGCAAAAACCCAACCACGAACCACGAACUGCAGACCACCAGCCAAUCGCCCACCCAGCCCGGGAGAAACCCAGCAUCCUCCGCUCAGUGGCCCCAUAGACGCCCGACCCCA